GAUAUGUGUUUGGCAGAAAAGUAUCUCAAUCCUCCAGGUGAUGUUAUCUUCUUCGUUUGUAGGAAAAGCAGAAACACUGUCCGUGUCCCUUCCAUCGAAAUGGCUAUGGAUGAUUCCACCGCCAAAUCCAUAUCCACGGUGCCAAAUCUGGUGGUUAUAUCUUCACCAUUUCAACAAACACCACUUAUGAGGUUAUCCAAAUCCAUUCCGAUGCCUACAAAAACCGUCUCUGAACUUCAACAUUCCGCCGAUAGGUUCCUCUGUUUUAUCCGUUCUCAAACCUCGCUUUUCAAGAAACUCCUCUCCUCCUCCUCCUCUUCUUUUCAAACUUUCUGCAACCAGAUUCGUAGCAGGAGCUGCUACCAAAUCAGGUUCCCGUUGUCGACGCACAAUUUUGCUGCGAUACUACCUGGAGAUUCAGUGGCGGGGAUAGUGGUGACAAACGGGAUACUCAAUUUCUUGAACAUAUACAACACGCUGCUCAUUGUACGCCUUGUUUUGACCUGGUUCCCUAAUACGCCUCCCGCCAUUGUUAGCCCCUUGAGCACUCUGUGUGACCCGUACUUGAACGUAUUCCGUGGGCUCAUACCGCCGCUGGGAGGGACGCUGGACCUGUCUCCAAUACUAGCUUUCUUGGUUCUCAAUGCUUUCACCAGCACUGCUGCUGCACUUCCUUGCGAGCUUCCACCAGCCGGGUCUACACGUCUCUCGGAGCCUACUUCCUCGCAGGCCAAAUGGCUGAGAAGGUUGCACGCCAACCGCAACAAGCGCUCAAAUACUGGUGCCAAUUAGGGCUUUGCUGGUUCUAGCAGAGCAAAGCUUACCAAGAAGAAAGGGUAGUUUUCUAUUGGAAGGAAUUUGCUUCCUGAAUGGAACCUUCAGCUACAUGGAGGACUAGCAGGUUUUCUUCGUAUGAGAGACUGGUAGCCAUUGGCUUGAUUCUUGUAGCUGUGGUUUCACCUCUCUAUAUCAAUCGAAGACCGGCUUAUGAUCCUGAUUUUGAUGACCAACCCAUCAGUCCAGCUUUCUGCUUGCCUCUGCUUCUCUUUGGGUUAAUCUUGGUAAUCACCUUGUCACUUUAUCUGGACCGGAGCUUGACCAGGUUUGAUCUUUACUGGAU